AUGGCUGACCCCAGCAGCGACGGAGAGGUUCCGGAGAGCGCGCGCGGCUUCGCCCGGAAGGGAGCCCUCCGCCAGAAGAACGUGCACGAGGUGAAGAACCACAAGUUCAUCGCGCGCUUCUUCAAGCAGCCCACCUUCUGCAGCCACUGCACGGACUUCAUCUGGGGCUUUGGCAAACAGGGAUUCCAGUGCCAAGUGUGCUGUUUUGUGGUCCAUAAGCGCUGUCAUGAAUUUGUCACAUUCUCCUGUCCGGGAGCUGACAAAGGACCUGCCUCAGAUGAUCCUCGAAGUAAACACAAAUUUCGGGUUCAUACGUACUCCAGCCCCACCUUCUGUGACCACUGUGGCUCCCUCCUAUACGGGCUGAUCCAUCAGGGCAUGAAAUGUGACCACUGUAUGAUGAACAUCCAUAAGCGCUGUGUGGCCAACGUGCCGAGCCUGUGUGGGACGGAUCACACCGAGAGGAGAGGACGUAUCCACAUCUCUGCUCAGAUCACAGAGGACACACUCAGAGUCACCAUCAAAGAGGCCAAGAAUCUGGUACCCAUGGACCCAAAUGGCUUGUCGGACCCCUAUGUCAAGCUCAAACUGAUCCCAGAUCCCAAAAGUGAGAGCAAGCAGAAGACCAAGACCAUCAAAUGUUGCCUCAAUCCCACCUGGAACGAGACCUUCACUUUCCACUUAAAAGAAAGUGACAAAGACCGCCGUCUGUCGUUAGAGAUCUGGGACUGGGAUUUGACCAGCAGGAAUGACUUCAUGGGAUCCCUGUCAUUUGGGAUCUCAGAGCUGCAGAAACAAGGAAUUGAUGGAUGGUAUAAGCUGCUGUCUCAGGAGGAAGGAGAAUACUUUAAUGUCCCCGUCCAACCAGAUGGAGAGAAUGGCAACGAGGAGCUUCGACAGAAAUUUGAGAGAGCAAAGAUAGGACCAGGGAAGCCCUCAGACCCUUCUUCUUCUUCGUCGUCUUCAUCAGUGUGCAAGUACGACAGCAAUGGCAACCAGGACCGCGUCAAGCUCUGUGACUUCAACUUUGUUAUGGUUCUGGGGAAAGGCAGCUUUGGCAAGGUGAUGCUGGCUGAGCGCAAGGGCACUGAUGAGUUGUACGCUAUCAAAAUCUUGAAGAAGGACGUGGUGAUCCAAGAUGAUGAUGUGGAGUGCACUAUGGUGGAGAAGAGAGUUCUUGCACUGUCUGGAAAGCCACCUUUCCUCACUCAGCUGCACUCCUGUUUUCAGACAAUGGACCGAUUGUAUUUUGUAAUGGAAUAUAUAAAUGGUGGAGAUCUUAUGUACCAGAUACAACAGGUUGGCAAGUUUAAAGAGCCUCAUGCUGUCUUCUACGCUGCGGAAAUUGCUGUUGGACUCUUCUUCCUUCAUUCCAAAGGCAUUGUGUACAGGGAUCUGAAGUUGGACAAUGUGAUGCUAGACUCCGAAGGCCAUAUAAAGAUAGCUGACUUUGGCAUGUGCAAAGAGAACAUGUUUGACGGAGUCACUACAAAGACUUUUUGUGGAACGCCGGACUACAUUGCUCCGGAGAUUAUAGCCUAUCAGCCUUACGGUAAAUCUGUGGACUGGUGGGCCUUUGGAGUGCUACUUUAUGAAAUGCUUGCUGGACAGCCACCGUUUGAUGGAGACGAUGAAGAUGAGCUGUUCCAGUCGAUCAUGGAGCAUCACGUCUCUUACCCUAAAUCCAUGUCUAAAGAAGCUGUUGCUAUUUGCAAGGGGCUGAUGACCAAACAUCCAGGAAAGCGACUGGGAUGCGGUCCAGAGGGGGAAAGAGACAUCAAAGAACACGCCUUCUUCCGCUACAUCGACUGGGAAAAACUGGAGAAUAAAGAGGUCCAGCCGCCCUUCAAACCUAAAGCUUGUGGGCGUGACGCGGAGAACUUUGAUCGUUUUUUCACACGCCACCCCCCAGAGCUGACCCCCCCAGAUCAGGAGCUUAUAGCCAACCUGGACCAGGAAGAAUUCCAAGGCUUCUCAUUUGUUAACCCUGAGUACACUCACACAACUCACUGACCACACCACAUAUCGUUGGGCUGCACCAGUAGCCUACCGACCUCCAAAAACCCUACAAAUACACAAAAAGAAAAAUAAAAUCUAACAUUAGUGGACAGUCUGCAUUUUACAGUGCAAGUCCUCGUCUCACGUCCAGGUGUGAAGGCAGACAGGUGCUUUGUUUUGUCUCCAGCUAUCCAUUCAAACUCCAAUGCUAACAAUCAGGACAUGUAAUCAGAUCCUCAUGUCAAGUUGCCAGUAGGAGACUAGUUUAACUGUGGAUUAUCACAGCAUGCAAUACUGCUGCUCUCAUAUCAGCUGUGCUGACUGUAUCCCUAUCUUUGGUGUAAAAAUGUUGCUCCCUCCUGAAUGCUGCCCGGCUGUUUGUACGUGCAGGUUCAGGUCAGCCCGCGAGAGCCAGAGUCCAAGCUCGGAGCCGGCCUGAACCUCCUCCGUCUCUGUGUCUCCCUUCCUGUAUUGAUUAUGAAGACCUGUCAGUAACAUUGAUGAGUGUUCUAUGAUCAAAUAUUGAUAAUAUUCAUGCAGUGUAAGUGUAAAAAUAACUUUUAAAAAUGGACCAAUUGCUUAAUUAUAAUUGUUUGAGUACUAAUCAGUUUCUAAAUGUUGACUUAUUUUUGUCUGUAGGACCAAAUACUUCUAUAAUUCAGACUUUCAUUGUUGUGGUGACCUUAACGGAAUUUUUAUAUUCAAUUUUCUUUUGCUGGAUUAGUUUUUAACCAGUCAGAGGUUGGUAGUCUUUACAAGCAGUCAGCAAGUAGGUGAAGGUACCACAACACUUCAAAAGACUAAAGACAGGCCAGUGAACAUGUCUUCUAACAACUCUGUACAGUUGUACGGAACUUGUCUAAUCAGUAUUUCUGUCAAUCCUUGGUGCAAUCUGGACCAAAACAGCCUCUGGUCAUGGCUUAUGGCACUGGAAAAACAGCACCUUCAAGAGGAACAACAUUUUCAACCUGGGCUCUAUUUUUACAUGUUUUGGGGUUUAUCUUUUUACUUGGGACAAAAACAAAUUUAUUCGGUGCACUGUUGAUUUAAAACACAAACACCAUCACAGGCGAACCUGCUCCAUAACAUAAUUGUUUAGGGGCAAGCUAAGGUAAAAGGUUUCUUGAUGCCACUGUUGAGUCAAAAAAGUCAGUAAAAGUGUCUGUUAGCAUGGAGAUCCUGCACAGGGCAACAUGCACGUGUUUAUAUCACUAAAUGUAAAGAAACGUUCUUAAAUGCCCGGUUAUACAGUUAGCUGCUGACCUUGAAGAAAAUGAACCCCUACAUCAUCUGAAAAUAGAGCUCAGGUUGAAAAAUGUCUAUGUUCCCCUUUUAAGAGAACUAUAAAUUUGGAAAAAGGAAGAAUUUAGCAGAGAUGGAAAGAAAAGGAACAAUAAGAAAAAGAAAAGAAAAAACUUCUGUAAGAAGUAAAAGAGUCAAAUAGGUGCAUUAUAUCUGCUGGCACCUGUUAUAUAGCCACUGGCCAUUUUGGCAACUUUGGAAGCGCUGUAGUGAUGUUUCUGUAAUGGUAAUUACUAAAAUACUGAAGAACGAUGAUCCUGAAGCAGUGGUCAAACCCUGUUCACCAGCCCGUCAACGGGAACACAAAUGGUCACCAGUCAUGUGACAUUGCACUGCAAAAUCACAAAAUCUUGCCAAGUAUAUGUACCAAAUUUCUAGUCAAAAUAUGUAAUUGUACUUAAUAUAAGACAUCAUCAUUUAACAAAUAAAAUGUCAGUAAGAUAUAUGAGCUUGUUUUUAGGAGUAUUGUCCAGGGUGUACCCCGCCUCUCGCUCUGUGACUGCUGGGAUUGGCUCCAGCCCCUCGUGACCCUUAACUGGACGAAGCGGUUGAAGAUGAGUAUCUGAGAAAACAAGCUUUUUUUGACUCGCCAUAUGAUUCUUAAUCUGCUGUGUUUGUAGCUGAUGUGAAUCUUCUUAAUGGUAGUAAAAUAAAGCUCAGCUAAUUUCAGGAACUUAUUUAAAGAAUUUUUAAGUGAAUCACGUGAGUUUUUAACAUGUAACAAAAGAACAUUUGCCAGGCGGUACACAUGAAAACUCACAUAAGACUUCUUAAAGUAAUUAACUGCCAAAAACAAAUUUUGAGCUUUAUUUUACUAGUAUUAGGAAGUAUUGUACCUUUUACAAAUAAUACAGCAGCUUAUGAUGUUGCGGUGAGUCAAAAAAAAACAUUUUUGUGUCAGAUUUGACUCAAGGCCAGAUGUUUCAGAGACUCUUACCUAUAAGGUUAAGUUGUAUUAUCUUUAAAAAAAAAAAAAAGGCCUUAUCUCACUGAAAAUAGACUUAAGAGAUUGUAUCUUAUAUGAAGUGUAGAUUAGAAAUUUUGUCUAGAAAUUAGGCAAAUAUAAUUGGUGAGAUUUUAAAGUUUUUGCUGUGUGAGGCUUGGUGGUGCUGUGUAGCUGGAUCAAAAAUACAACAGAAAGAACCUGGCUUGAAAAGAAAACCCACAAAUAACUUGAAUCAUGUUGUCUUGAUCCCUCAGACUCAUUUUUUUUUUUUUAACUACUUUAGUACUUCUGCUCUUGAAGUCCGCCAGCACCUUUGGUCUGUGUAACGAUUUUUACUGAUGGCUCCUUAGUUUUCUCCUGAUUGUUUUAAUGACAGGGGGCAGGAGAGCACUGUAACAGCACAAAGCUUUUAAACCAUUUUUGAAGAAUUCCACAUAUGACAAAACCCGGUGGAGUCUUGUGAAACUAACACAAGAAGACUGGUAUUUCAAAAGUGCCAAAAAAAAAAUUCUCAGCAUGCUGAAAAUGCAGAAGAAAAUCGUCGACGACGACUGUGAUGAAGGGUAGCCAUACUGUGCCAUUUUGCAAUACACGUAUAAAUAUUGACACAUGCAUCGUAGGUUAUUUUUUCUCAAACAGUACAGUACUAUUGAGACAUCAUUUCAUAUAUAAAAUCAUCUGAGGAGAUGUUUGUUCUACUGUGACGCAGGUUAUGUUUUUAUAACUAACAUACGAGGUUGUAAAAAAAAAAAGUGUCAAAUUGUGUUUUCUGGAUACGGAAUGGUGACAUCACAGUUUUGUUAUGAUGAAGAUUCUGCAGUGUAAAAAAAAUUUCGCUGGUAAAGAUGCGGAGUCACAGGUGAAGACAAUGAGUGUUUAUUGUGAUGGUAAUUGUGACAUAUGUGGAAAAAUGAUGUGAGAUAAGAGAGAGAGAAAAAAUAACUGUAUAUAUAUCGAGUUCUAUGCCAGAGAGAUAUUUGGAUGAGGAGAGAUGCUUCUGUGAAUUGUGUAAUUGUCUUGUAUGACUGGAAACUGAUAAUAUACUCACUGGUGCCUACCA